AUGACAAUCGCGGCGGUGCUGGUGCUUAUAAUCGUCAGCAUUGUUACAGUGUAUAAGAUAUGUAUUCGCCGCAGCGGGAGGCUGCGGCUGGGAGCGAAGCCUUUGCCCGGGCCCUGGGGCCUGCCCUUCAUGGGACGUAUCCACGACAUCCCAGAGAAGGCAACUUGGCUUAAAUUCUACGAAUGGAGCAAGAAAUACGGUCCGAUCUACAAGAUGGAAAUGUUCGGAACGGUUCAUGUGUGGAUUUCGUCCGAGAAGGUGGCCACCGAACUCCUCUCCAAGCGCGCCGCCAUCUAUUCGGACCGCCCAGUGAUUCCGAACUUGCCCGACAACCGCACCAGCGGCGAGUACCUUGCCCUCUUGGGCCGCACAGGCAGGUCUCGCACCCCUGCACUCUCCACAUGGCAGCGCCAGAGAAAGCUCUGCAACCACCUGAUACACGCUAGCAAACUCGAGGACCUGCACUCGUACCCGACCCUCGAGCGCGACCGCUUUCUUUAUCUCAUGGCCAAAGACGCCAGCAACUACGUCGAGUGGGUCGAGCAGUUCACCAGCCGGACCAUCUCGUGGCUGAGCUGGGGCACCGCGGCGCCCGCUCAGAUCCUGCGACAUACCACGUUUGGGCUGCUGGAGACCAUCAGCCCCGCCGGUGCGCUCCCCAACAAGGCCAGCUUCCUCCGCUACGUGCCUCGCAUCGUGUCCCCGUGGAAAAAGAAAGAGAGAGACCGGCAUGACCUGGAAAGCCGCCUGUUCCGCGCCAACGUCGGCUUUGUCGCGGAGAGCGUGGCCCAGGACAGGGCGAGCCCGAGUUUUAUCAAGACGUUCAUGGAGGACAAGGCGAGUCCGGACGAGAGGGUCAGGAAGCGGUUGCGCAGCGACCAGGCCGAGGCCACGCACGUCGUCGGGCUGAUGGCUAUUGCCGGUGCGCUCACCAUCGGCGCGCCGAUCCAGAGUUUUAUCCUGGCCAUGUGCCACUACCCGGAGUGGCAGCGCAGGUUACAGAGAGAGAUUGACCAGGUUCUGGGUGGCCGGUGCCCGCAGUGGGAAGACAGGAAGACACUGCCCCUGCUCCGGGCUGUGGUCAAGGAGGUGAUCAGGUGGCGACCGCCGGUCCCGACAGGGAUUCCCCAUGCCGUCGAGCGCGACGACUACUACGACGGCUAUCUCGUACCCGCCGGCGCCACAAUCCACGCACUGGAAUGGAGCUUCACUCGCGACGAACACCGCUAUCCAGACGCCGAAGCCUUCAACCCAGCACGCUGGAUCGACCCGCGCUAUCCAACCUACCGCGAGCCGCUUCUUCGGUACCCAAACCUCUCUGCCUUUUCUCAGUUUGGCUUCGGCCGGCGCACGUGCCAGGGCAUCCCCAUCGUGGAGCAGGACCUGUUUCUCACCAUGGGUGGCCUGUCAUGGGCGUUUGACCUGCGCAAGAAGCGCGACCCCCUCACGAAGCGCGAGAUCCCGGUGCACUGGGACGACUACACGCCGCUGCUAAUUGCGAAGCCCGAGAAGUUUCUGUUUGAUGCGGUGCCCAGGUCGCAGGAGAAGCUCCGGCUCAUGCGGGAGAUGUUUGAGGCUGCAAACGGGAAGCUGCUCCACGGCAAAGGUCCGGAUUUCAACAUUGGCCAGUUCUGGAACGACUUGGGCGAUGUCAUCUAUGGUGAC